AUCGGGAUCGCGGUUCAAUCUGCCGGGUUACAGUGAACACAAUCGACAAUGGCAUCGUAUGUUCUGAGGGUGAUUUCUCUUACCCUUGGCGUCUUCUUUAUUUUUAUAGGAACUUUAAAACUCACCCCAUCUGUUAACAAAGAAUUACACAAGGAAAUGAGAAAAAUGUAUAUUAAAAAUGCCAAAGUGUUCCCAUUAGUGAAAUGGACAAAGUGGAAACCAAACUCCCAUAUGUACAGAAAAGUGAUAGGUGGAUCUGAGGUGGUGUGUGGUGCCAUUCUUUCUUUCAUACCUGGUCCCCUCAAAGAGGCAGCUAAUGUGCUGAUGAUCCUGUUAUCUUGCCUUGACAUAUACUCACAUUACGCUCAGGAUGAAGGCUUGGAUAAAAUGAGUCUCUCUGUGGUGUUCUUCCUUCUGCUGACGUGUCGCCUUAUUAUACAUCUCCAAAUGAAGGCUCGGGAGUUAGAGGAGGCGGCUCAACAGAACCAGGUCACUGAGCAGGCCACACCCACUUGUCAAGGUCACACCCACAAUGUACACCCAGCAGCCGGGGCAGGCUUUUCUGCAGCUGUUAAAAAGACUCAGUAAAAGAACUAUCAAGGAGAGUAACUCCGUUCUGUCACUGAUAAAAGAGCUGCUAAGGGGAUUAACCCCUGUUGUAAGAGCAAGGGAUGAACAAAGAAUGUCUGAUUUAUUUUGAGUAUUUGUUUGUCGUGUGAAAAUCACUGGAGUGUAAUAUUACAAUAACUGUUAUUGAUGAGAAAUCCAUGGUAUUUGUGCAGUAUUGCGAUUAAAUGUGUGUUAAUGCAUGUGCAGUUUUGUUUAAGAAAUAGUUGUACUCCCUCCUUUACACAUUGAAUACAUGGUUGUCAUUUUUAUCUAGUUUUAGAAUAUACUCUGGAAAGGGCAUUUGUGCAACUGUUUUGAAUGUCAUUUUACUGUAUACAUGUAUUUGAACAUCAAAGUUAAUUUUAUUUUUUAUUCUUUGUCAUUUUAUUUAGCAAAUGACUAUCAAAUUUGUUGUUGUUUUGAUAAUGACUGUGCUUUUAUUUUGCUUUUUUCCAUUUCUGAUAAUACAUGUACAUGUAUAGGCAAUGGAUUUUGUUUGGGGUUUUUUUUAAUUCAUAGACCAACAGUCACAAGUUCUUAGCAAUGAUGAAAGAAGUGAGACCAUAGUACAUAAGUGAUUACAAAGAGUUUUAAUAUCAGUACUAGUGUCAUAAAAUUUUAAAAUAA